ACGUGAUCAGAGGGUUUUUGCACCGACGUCAGAGAACCAGAGCUGGUGCCGACCACUAAUGAGCCUCACCGUCCUCCUGCAUUUAAACUCCGCGUCUUACCUUUUGAAAGACAUCUUUCCAACCGCAUUUACUGAUUUAAUUUUCCACUCGCUAGUUUCUAAAAGAGAUGUUAUUGUAAUGCAAACUGUACGGGAAAUGCUCAGGGAACCGUGUAGCUUUUAAAUAUGUUACCCAGCUCGUAUUAACUCAGUAUAGGGCUAACGUAAAUGCAGCAAACAUGUCUCCUCGCUAAGAAAACAACUGGUGGUAUUCUGUUGUGUUCAAGUUUUCAGGUGUGGUGGCGAGCCCAUGGAGAAGCUGUCAUCUUCAGACAGAGCAGCGCUGGAGGAGAGAAAAGGCCUGGUUGAGGAUGGUGGAGUGCUGAGAGGUGGUGAGGGUGGAGAGGUGGGUCCUCAGACCCCGAGGAAGAGCAGCUCCUCUCGCUCCUCCCGCAAGAGCUUCCGCCUGGACUACCGGCUGGAGGAGGAAGUGACGAAGUCCUGUCGGGACAAACAUGGCCGCUGGACCAACCCCUGGCCCACAUGGCGGUUCCCUUCCUACACCACCCUGCUCAGGUUCCUAUUGUUGGAUAAAAAUGACAGCAAUGUACCAACUAGUAAAGAGGCUCUGGACAGUGAGCUCCCAGUGAUGGAACCAUACUUCGUCCAGAACCCAGACCUCUCUGACUCAGGUCCAGGUCUGAGAGUCACCUGGCUGGGUCAUGCCACGGUUCUGGUCGAAAUGGACGGGCUGAAUAUUCUGACGGACCCAAUUUUCAGCCAGAGGGCCUCACCGUUCCAGUUCAUGGGGCCCAAAAGGUACCGAGGGCCCCCCUGCACUGUGGAACAGCUUCCCAGGAUCGACGCUGUCGUCAUCAGCCAUUCCCAUUAUGACCAUCUGGAUGCUGGAUCUGUGGCCAGCCUUAAUGCACGCUUUGGAGGGGAGCUACGCUGGUUUGUGCCCCUGGGUUUGAUGGACUGGCUGGCGAAGAUGGGCUGCGAGAACGUGAUGGAGCUGGACUGGUGGGAGGAGAACUGUGUCCCCGGCCAUGACGACGUCACAUUUGUCUGCACACCAUCUCAGCACUGGAGCAAACGCACCGCGCUGGACGAUAACAGGUCUUUAUGGGGCAGCUGGUCUGUUUUGGGUCCGGACCAUCGAUUCUUCUUCGCCGGUGAUACCGGCUACUGCUCUUCCUUCCAGGAGAUCGGACGACGCUUCGGACCGUUUGACCUCGCAGCAAUCCCCAUCGGAGCUUACCUACCUAGGGAUAUGAUGCAGGGGCAGCAUGUAGAUCCAGAAGAGGCUGUUCAGAUUCACCAAGACCUUCAGGCCAAACAGUCUGUGGCCAUUCACUGGGGGACCUUUGCUCUCGCCUAUGAGUACUACCUGGAGCCGCCGGUUCGUCUCAGACAGGCCCUGGAACAGAAAGGACUGAAGCCAGAAUCCUUCUUCACUUUGCAUCACGGGGAGUCUCGCCUUAUAGCGACACAGAAAGGAGACGUCUUCGACUGAUCCUCCCUGGAGCGUUUUGUGGGCCAAGUUACAUUUGUGUCUGUAACAAAGUGCAGAACAUUUUGUUAAAUCAUAUAUAGAUGGACUUCAGUGAUUUUAAGUUUGAAAUGCAUAUAUGUAUGCAGCUUAUCCCAACUGAAAAUAGGAAAUUCAAAUGUUCUGCAAAGCCGUUUACAUACUGAAUGUUUGCCGUGCCAUUGUCAUGGUGGGCAAUGCUGCCUACGUGAGCUGUGACUCAUGUAGGCAGCAUUCAUUAGGUUUACUCGUGUGUGUGUGUGUGUGUGUGUAAUUUUAGGCAAAGCUCAGCUGCUUUCAUGGCUCAUAAAAACAAGGUAUUAGAUUUUAACUCUGCCGUCAACACUUACUACGGGAUGCCCAGUGUUGGUACAGUGUGGUUAGUCUCAAGUAACAUAGGAUUUAUUUGACUAAUUCUUUUUCAGACUUUCUGAAAAAAUCAACAAAUCAGAAUUUUAAAAAAAAGUAAAAUGCAAUGAUAAUUAAACCCAGAUGGAGUAACUGGUGCUGGUGCCACGUUACUAUAGUAACCAGUGCUCUUGAAUGGAGAUAAAGUAUGUAGUUGAACCACAAACCUUCGGUUUGAAGCUGGACUGGAGGCAGUGUGAUGCAGCUUUAUGCUGUGAGCUGUAAUAUAGAAGAGAAAACAAACUUUUAGGAAGUUAUUUAGAGUAGUGAUUUUCAAAGAUUGGUGCUAGGUAAUGCCACAUUACAAAGGUUUUGGGGGUUUUUCUGAAUGUACUCUGGCCAACCCAAAACUACAUGAGAUGCAGAAGUUGAGCUGGGUUCAGCUUCAUGCACUGCAACCACAGUACAAAGACAUUUUCUCUCUCUUUGCUUAUCAGUGUGAUCAUUCAUAUUUUCACUUGUUAGAACUGAAGUCAACAGAUGUAUUUGCUCUAGAGAGCAACACUAGAAUCAUUUUAGUACUCAGUUGUUCAAAUGAUUUAAUUUUUUAUUUUUAAUGCUGUAUCUUUAAAGCCAGAAUGUACGAACAGUUGACAGCACAAUGUUGAGUUAAUUUAGUAGCCUGGUUAUAACUACAAGGCCAAACUGUUAACUGUGGUUUGCACUUGACGCAUGUCACUGAAUUAAAUAUACUUUGCAUUUCAAA